AUGGCCCUUCGGGUCGGCAUCAUAGGCGCCGGUAUAGGUGGGCUCAGUUCCGCUAUUGGUCUCAGGCGUAUAGGUGCUGAGGUAGAGAUAUUCGAGCGGUCAUCCUUCAAAAAUGAGGUCGGCGCUGCUAUCACCAUCACGCCCAACGGCUCGCGUAUAUUAGACUCAUGGGGCUUCGACGAGGUAAAAGCCCGAGUCACGGAGGCGAAGGUCCUCCGCAUGGUGCACGCCCACACGCUGGAGACGGCGUUCAUGGAGGAUCUUGCCGAUGUACCGAGGAAAUUCGGGGCUAAGAUGGGCUUCUACCACCGUGUAGACCUGCAUACUACCCUGAAAGAAAUGGCGCAGGGCGAGGAAGCCGACCAGCCCGGAACGCCGGCGACAAUCAGAUUAGGCGUUGCCGUGGUGGACAUUGACUGCGAUACCGGGAUGAUCGCCCUGGCGGACGGUACGACAGUAACUAAGGAUCUGAUCAUAGUCGCGGACGGGAUUCGUUCACAGUUCAUCAGUAAGAUUACAAGUCACGACGAUUCAGUCAAAGAGUUGAGUUGGUCGGCCUACCGGUGUUUGAUACCCAUGAAUACAAUUCUAUCGGAUCCUGCAACUCGGUCAAUAUUCGAGAACCAGCCUGCAGGCUACUGGACACCAUUCUACAUCCCAAAGGCCUUCUACAUGGUCGCAUACCCUUGCCGCGAUAACCAGACGUUGAACAUCGCGCUCCGGCACAAGACACAACCCAAGGACCGUGACAAGGAAGAUUGGAACUCGGCGGCGGCGCGCGAGGAUGUUCUGCAGGCGCUGAAGGACUACCAUCCUACGAUGGGAGAAAUCAUCAACAAGGCAUCAGACAUCAAGAUCUACAAGCUAGUCAGAAGGGAGCCGCUAUUGAGAUACUGGCGCGGCCGGGCCGUGAUAAUUGGCGACGCGGCCCACACCAUAUUACCUACACACGCCCAGGGAGCGGUCCUCGCCGUCGAGGAGGCGGCGGCGCUUGAACUUUUGCUGGAAGGCCUAACUAAUUCUGCUGAUGUUCCCUCGAGGCUUGAACUGUAUAGCGACCUCUUGAAAAAUCAUAUACACGUUGUCCAAAAUUUAAGCGAAACGAUACCAGGCACGAGGGAUGAGUAUCGGCGGAAAGCGGAGGAGCUCUGCGGAGAUGAGCUUUUCGGUCACCAGGCGAUGAACUUUUCGACGCCUGUGCAGGAGUUCUUCUACAGUUACGAUGUCUGCAAGGAAGUGACGCGAGGUAUGAAGGAGGCAGGUAUCAUGAAAGACAAUGCUCAUGUAUCAGUUUGA